AUGGAUGCUACCCAUUUCUUCACCAAGCAGCCUCAAAUCCUCAAAGCAGCCUCAGAUCCACCAGGCAACAUGUUCGCACUCCGAUUCACCUCUCUCUUCUUCCUUUUCUCUACUGCGUCCCUGGUGGCUGCCAGCCCGACUCCCGUCGCCGAAGCGCUCUCUGUCGACAAGCGAGCAUCGUCUGCGGAUGUUUCCGGCGUCGUGACCACCCUCCAGACAUCGGUCGGCUCCAUCUUGCCCAAAAUCGACUCUCUCGUCUCGAGUGGAAGUGCCACGGAUCAGACCGUCACCCCGCUCAUCGGCCAAUUGACCACCGCUUUGGACACCGCUGUGAUUGCACUCGGAGAACUCCCGCUCUCCCGCAAACGUCAGUCGACCGAUCAAGUGGCAAACUUGGUUGCUGGUAUCAUUAAGGACAUCACCACCACUCUCGAUGGACUGACGCAAACGGCGUCGACUGUGCCCGGCCUCGGGGGUCUCCUCGCCGGUGUCGAUACCUCGCUGAACCAAGUCCUGAUCGGACUUGAGACUCUUCUUGCUGGCGUGCUCAAUCUCGUGGCAAAUCUAUUGGUUGACGUCGCUGGCUUGCUUCGAUCUCUCGCGCUCGGCCUGACCUUGGCUACGCUCGGUCUCUGAGCGGGUGUGCUGUAAAAGUACCAAACAGAUCAUGGACUGAAAGAUAUUUACUUUGUACGGACUGGAUUUCUAGAAACAUUCACGAAUUGAUUGAUACUUUUUCAUCGUCA